AAUAUGGAGAACGUCAAGUUAUUGUACUGAUAAUAGGAACAUCUUGGUGUCAGGUGUGUACUAAAAUGAAACCUAAGCUGGACAGUAUUGCCAAGGAUAUGAACGAUGUAAUCUUUCUUAGCGUGGGCUUUGAAAAGGUUCCUGCUAUCAAAGACGACUAUCCCAUUGCCGCGUUCCCAACUCUGUUUAUCCUGGUUGGCGGGAACGUGAUGGAUAAAAUUAUCGGCGACCAAAGUCAACUUCUCAUAAAGAAACUUGAGUUGUACACAAGGAUGGGGAUACCUGCUUCCGGGACCGGUCAGUCUGCGGGCAAUAUUGCAGCUGCCGGUCAGCAGCCCGAUGAUCAGCUGGUGAGGCCCGAUGUAAGGGGAGCACAGCAAGGUAGAUCGGAGAACGGAAGAAUGAGAAAGAGAAUGGAGGAGUUUUGUGUUCUUAUCACUGGAGGAAAGAAAUAGUUUUAAAAAUGAAACUAGCUUUUGUAUUUGUUACCAUCUUUAAUGCUUUUUAUGUAGUAUAGAUAAAAAAUAAUUGUAUCUAAAUAAAAAUGUCUAGCAGAA